AAUUCUAAUCGUAAUUUUAUGUUGUGACUUAUGAUAACAAGAAUCCCCUGCUUCUUUGGAUAAUAAGAAUACAAAUUAUGCCAAAAAAAAAUCAUGAUUAAGAAAAAUAAUUUUAUUUUCAUAAAAAAUUUCCGAUUUUCUCUUAAUUCUUAACGAUUAUGGGUUUGAGCUUUUAGAACAAUUUUUUUUUUUGGUGUUAUGAGAAGCCUUGGUGGGCUUCCUGGCAAUUAGGGCUUGGGACCAGAGUCCUAUUUGGGUCCGCGUACAAAACACGCUCACUAUCACUGUCUCUUUGCUUCGUUAUCUGACUCGGUUUCUUCCUGCAUACUAGCUCGGUAGCUCGACUCUUGCGAAGACAAAACUGAAAAGACACAAGGAAGACAAAACUUCUCAGUUCAAGAUAAUAUUGGGGGUAAUCGUCCAUGGCUCGGCUUAAAAUAUUAGCUGAAAUGGGAUAGUAGUUCACGCUCAUGAGUGCAGAUGUCGACGAGAAGGGUAUCAGAAAGGAGAUGCCAGAGGAGUUGGUCAUGGCUCUUGCUGAAGCAAAGGCUAUUCAGGUUGGCAAGCUGCAACUGUGGGAUCUGUUCUAGUUACAAACUUUAAAACCGGAUUAAGAAAAGGAGAAUGGGAUAGAAUGGAGGUAGGGACAACAGACAGUGUGAUGGGAUUUGCCCAAAGCUCUCACGGAGAAACUCAUAAAGAAAGCUCUCUGGGAGCCGCAUCAUUUGAUUCCAUUGUUGGAACUUAUUCGCGUUUAUUAUUCACUUCAGUUGAUAGUCUGUGUUAGACAUUUUACUUUGCCUCGAAUGUUACUGUUCUGAACUUUUGAUAAGUCAAUUAUAGCCACCUCAAUUGCGCACUACUUUUGAUGCUAAAAGUUACUCCACGGCAGACAUUCUGUAAAGAAGGGUACCCAUUGUUAAAUGUUAAUGCCACUUGAGGUCCAUCCAAAGCUGUCUUGCGAGCUAUUCCAAUAACCAGCCUGAAGCCAAUCAAAUCCUAGGCAAGUGAAAUAUGUUUGCAUCGUUAGCCAAUGGACAUUGAGCUAGGCUGGUGUGCUUGAAUCUUUGACAGCUCCAGCCUCCAGAUUGUCAAUUCCCAAAACCUUAAGCUCCGGUCAAAGCCCUCAUAGCCCGUGACCACCUUCUAAUGGCUCCUUAAUCAAAUCACUGUCAAAACUAUUUCCAGGGCGUUUCUGACUUCCGAGACGAACGAUUCAGGAAGCAAAUAGUCUCGUACCAAAUUCUGGCAUCUUUGAUAAUAUUCGAAACUUCCAUCAAUUGAUCAAACAUUGAAACGUGUCGUGUCCAUAGCCCACAAACGUAAGGCGAAAACUAAAAGGUUGACUUUUCAUAGUUCACCGUCCUUUUGAAGCUGGCCACGUGAUUUAUUUAGAUUAUACCAGAAACAAUGUCAACGGUCGGAGACAACGCCCAUGUAAACCUCGACAGCUGUAUAUCUCUGACGCUUCUCAGCUGGUCGUAGACGAUCCCAUUAACGUACCCAUUCCCUCGCCGGUUGGCAAAUGGCUUUUCCAUACAAUUACCGACCCAGUUUUCAUAGCGGGCAAUUUCAUUCAAGUGGAUGUUAACAGAAAAUGUCCAAAAAAAAAAAUCCAAUCUUGUUUUUUUUAGUGAAAGAAAAAAAAAACAAACUUUAAUACUAAAAGUAACCUGUUAACAAUGAUGAAAAUUGAAAAGUCUUCCUUUUCCUUCCCCAUUAUCCAUUUUUCCAUGUUAAACCAAAAAAAAAAAAAAAACCCACGUCAAAGAGUCCACUAAACCUUCAAGAGGCACACCUUAGAUUAGAUUCCCAUCUUUAACCCCUUUUUUUUCUGUGAAAAGUAAAAGUUGAAGAACACCAGUUGUGAAUCUAUUUAUAGAUUUUGUCAGUCCCCAAAACAGCUACCAUUACAUAACCGUCAAACCCUGCCUUAUCCUCCGGAUCAUUGCUGUUAACAGAGCAGAUCGGCAACAUGAACCAAGGGGGCUUAGCCACCAAAAAUGGUGGCUCGGGAAGCGGCGCUGUCGGUGUUCAGAUCCAGCAAUCCCGAAGGCUUCCGGAUUUCCUUCAAAGCGUCAAUCUCAAGUACGUAAAAUUAGGCUACCACUAUCUGAUUUCCAAUCUUUUAACCCUCUGUUUUGUCCCUUUAAUCGCGGUGAUUUCAAUCGAAGUUUCUCAAAUGAAUCUCGAUGAUUUACGUCAAUUAUGGCUUCACCUUCAAUACAAUCUCGUCAGCAUAAUCAUUUGCUCUGCUAUUUUAGUCUUCGGGUUAACAGUCUAUAUCAUGACCCGACCCCGAGCAGUUUACCUUGUCGAUUAUGCUUGUUACCGUGCUCCUGACCAUUUUAAAGCUCCAUAUGGUCGUUUCAUGGAGCACUCUAGGUUGACCGGUGAUUUUGAUGAAUCGUCUCUCGAGUUCCAACGCAAGAUUUUGGAGCGCUCGGGGCUCGGAGAAGAGACUUAUGUUCCUAGAGCAAUGCAUAAUAUUCCUCCCACGCCGUCUAUGGCGGCAGCAAGGGAAGAAGCUGAGGAGGUUAUGUUUGGGGCAUUGGAUAUUCUUUUCCGGAACACGAAUGUCAACCCCAAGGAUAUUGGUAUUCUUGUUGUGAAUUGUAGUUUGUUUAAUCCCACGCCUUCAUUGUCGGCUAUGAUUGUGAGUAAGUAUAAGCUAAGGGGAAAUAUUAGGAGUUUUAAUUUAGGUGGGAUGGGGUGUAGUGCUGGGGUGAUCGCCGUAGAUCUUGCCAAGGAUUUGUUGCAGGUGCAUAGGAACACGUAUGCUGUUGUUGUGAGUACUGAGAAUAUUACUCAGAAUUGGUAUUUUGGGAAUAAGAAGUCUAUGUUGAUACCCAAUUGUUUGUUUCGAGUUGGGGGUUCUGCUGUUUUGCUUUCGAAUAAGUCUAAGGAUAGGAGGCGAGCUAAAUAUAAGCUUAUUCAUGUGGUGAGGACUCAUCGUGGAGCAGAUGAUAAGGCGUUUAGGUGUGUGUAUCAGGAACAGGAUGAUGCAGGGAAGACGGGUGUUUCGCUGUCUAAAGAUUUGAUGGCAAUUGCUGGAGGUGCGCUAAAGACCAAUAUCACUACGUUGGGUCCUCUUGUGCUACCAAUCAGUGAGCAGCUUUUGUUUUUCUCAACUUUGUUAGUGAAGAAAUUGUUCAAUGCAAGUGUCAAGCCUUAUAUUCCAGAUUUCAAGUUGGCAUUUGAUCAUUUCUGUAUACAUGCUGGUGGGAGGGCUGUGAUUGAUGAGCUGGAGAAGAAUCUGCAGCUGCUACCGAUACAUGUGGAGGCUUCUAGAAUGACUCUCCAUCGUUUUGGAAAUACUUCUUCAAGCUCCAUUUGGUAUGAAUUGGCGUACAUUGAGGCUAAGGGUAGGAUGCGGAAGCGCAACCGUGUCUGGCAAAUUGCAUUUGGAAGUGGUUUCAAAUGUAAUAGUGCAGUCUGGCAAGCACUUCGAAAUGUAAAGCCAUCUUGUAAUGGUCCUUGGGAAGAUUGCAUUGAUAACUAUCCUGUGAAAAUAAGUACCUAACUGAGCAACAUUUUUAGUUAGAUUCUACAUUCAGACAGAGUAUUUCAUUGGAAGGCAGACCGCUAGAACUUGCUUUAUCUAAUUCUUGAUGUGUUCUUUAGUCAGUCAUUUUUCUCAGCAUGUUGUCAAAUUUAAUUACCUUUGUGUUUCAUUUUUUUUUUUUUGCACUUGCAUGUAUGUCUGGAGUACUAUCAUGUGAAACUAGCUUAUUUUGUACAAUAAUUCUCCAUUUAUUUACUAGUCUUUGACCUGUUUGAGACUAUUAUUGAUUGAAAUUUUCAUCAAUG